AUGUUGUUGGCCGGUUGGCGGCAAGGCGAGCAACGUGACCUGCUCAUUUUUACGGGACCUUACUUGUUCGCUGGAGUUCCGCUCAUCUUACUGGAGCCUGACUGCUUAUAUGGUCAUGAACAGAUACGCCAAAAUAUCCCUCAUUAUCAUCCCACUGAAACGGUGCGUGCAAAAUUAAUGCAUUUGAUUCGGCAGAGAUCUCAAUCGACAGCUGAAAAUGAAAAGUCGGCAACGCUGGCUCGAAAACAGCUGACACGAAAAGUAAAAAGCUCGGCGCAGCAGCUUAUGAGGAAUGGCAUUGUGAGUGCUGUCGAUGGCUACUCAUCUUCAAAGCAGUGGGUAUUUUCAUUGCUUGUUAGAUAG